AUGUCGCGAGAUGGAUUCAAACAACGCGUGUCGCUGACCCGAUUGAUCAGGAUGCGGGCUCUAACGCCGAACAACCACGGCGAGAAGACUGGUGCUGGCAGGAGUCACUCGCCCGGAUCCGCCAACUUCCGCGCCAGCAGUGGGAGCGGCGAACCACGACCACACACAUCCUUGCGACACAGCAGGAUUGGCUCGAUCCGUGCCCCCUCGCACCAAUCAUCCUACAACAUCCUCACGGGAGAGAUGAACCCGCCCCCAAGACCUGCCAGCAGACAGAGUGUUCUCGGCGGGGGAGUCGACUAUCCAGUAUCACAACGAGCAGCAUCGCGCGAGAGCAGCAAAGAAAACAUGGCGCCCCCAGACGCCGAAGAGUAUGAGACCCAGCGGCGGCGCAUCGAGGAGCUCAAAGCUGAGGUCGGCACAUUAAACUACCGGAUAACAGCACACGAUCAGGAGAAGGAGAUGAUGCGCCUGCAGCAGGACUCUGAACUGAGGGAUGCCCGUCGCCGCGCAGAUGAAGAUUUCAAGAACAAGCAAGCGGCCGAGGCCGAGAGGGACGCUGCGAGGCGACAGACAGAGGCUCUUCAAGAAGAGCUGGACGCACUGCGAGCCGAAAAGGAGGAGCGACUGAGAGAAGUUGAAAAGCGCGCAAGAGAUGCUGAGGAAGAGUCCAACGUCCUGAGGGAGCAAUUGGAGGACCUGAGCGCUGCUAAGGACGAGGAGGCACGGCUCAAUGAACGCAAAACCCUUGAGCUGCGGCAACAAGUCGAGAUUGCGCAAAGAACCGCCCAGGAGUUGACCGAGGAAAGUGAGGAGCGGGAAGCCGCCCUGGGGAAGGCGCAGGCUUUAUUACUGGAAAAGGACAACCUGAUUGGCAGGCUUGAGGCGGAUGUUUUGCGCCUCAAAGCGCAGACAGGUGAUGCCGAGACUAUGGCAGUCAUCCGGCGCGAGCUGUCUGACCAGGUCCAGCAUAUUCGUGCCCUUGAAGCAACUAACCGGGAACAACUGGCCGAGCUUAAACACUUUCGACAAAUUCACCGGGCUGUCGAGGUCAUUGAAGAAGAAAAGAGGUCCUUACAGCGUAAGCUCGAGACUGUGCCACUCCUCGAGGCAGAACUGUCCGAGGCACGCAUACAGCGGCAAAGGCUUGAAGACGAGCGGGACGCCUGGGCUGCAUAUCUACAAAGGGAGGCAUCCAGCAAUGGCGAGAUGGAAUUCGACUCCCCGGAGGCAGUUGCCAGAGCCUUGGUCCAAGAACGCCUUCACACAGCAUCAUUGGUCGAGAAGUUGGGCACUGUUGAGCCAGAACUUAACUCUCGAGACGAGCUUAUCAGGCAGCUCGAGAAUGAGAUCCGGAACCUGAACACUGAAAUCGAAAAACUGAGAGCAGCACCACCUCCUGAAGUGCCAGCCGGCGGCGACAAGGGAAGACUGCGUCUUGAGAGACAGCGCGCUCUGGCAGUCAAGGAGGUCGAGUAUCUGCGGGCUCAACUGAAAACAUUUGACGCUGAGGAUAUCACAUUCCAACCUGAGAACUUUGAUCAACAAAAAGCAACAAGAAUACAGGAGCUUGAAGACCUCAUUGACAGGUACAAAAUUGAAGUGCAGAACCUGCACCAGGAACUAUCCUCGAUCGAGUCGGCUCCCAGUGCCGCUCCCAUCAAUGCAGGCCACAAGCGGUCACGCGAAAACGACGAGAACGGCGAUGUCCAAGCAGAACAACUGGGCCAGUUGGCUCGCAAAAACCGCAAGCUUCAGGAGGAACUUGUGGCUGCUCAACGAGCCCAACAGCUUGCUGAGAAAGAGAUGGCCGUGCUCAAGAAGCAGCUUGCAGCUGCCAAAGAGGCAUCACGUGUCCGUGUUCUCGCCCUCAGGUCCAACCCCACUUCGGACCACGAGGCAGUCAAGGCGUCGCGGUUGCGCGCACUGGAGCAGGAGAAUGCCGAGCUGCUUGCCCACAUGCAGCGCCAGUCGCACGACUUCCCCACCAUUCCGCAUAGCGUCCUCGCAGCUAAGCAACGCGAGGUCGAAGACGCCAAGGCCGACGCGGCGAGCGCGCACAAGACGUCUCGCCGGUUGAAGGAGGUGUGGGCUGCCAAGAGCGGCGAGUUCAAGGAGGCCAUUUUUAGCACCCUUGGAUGGACCGUCAUGUUCAUUCCGAACGGCAAGAUGCGCGUCGAGAGCGUAUACUACCCGUCAAAGACGGAUGAAUAUGAAAACAGCAUCGUCUUCGAUGGCGAGAGGGGUACUAUGAAGGUGGGUGGUGGUCCAAGGAGUGCUUUUGCCCAGAGGAUCGAUGACCAGAUUCGGUUCUGGGUACGGGAGAAGGGCUGUAUACCCGGGUUCUUAGCAGCGUUGACAUUAGAGUUUUACGAGGAGCACCAACGGUCGUCAAGGCCAAGUUGA